UAUCAUGUUCCGCCUCGCACGACUUGCCCCAGUGCGGCCGCUGCAGACACGGAGCUACACCGGGGGUGCGCUUUACCCGACGUCCUACCUGUUUGCCGGGGCGCGCGCACGUCCGACAUUCACGCCACGGCAAGCCGGCGAGGAAUCUGGUCCGAGGAGGGACAGCCGGUCUUCAAGAGAUGGAGAUGGGCGACCCGGCCCUUCCAACCGCGACCGCGCCCCGCGAGACACGCGAUUUCCCAGAGGAGACCGCUCGUCCGCGCCCUGUGAAGGAUCGCGGAGCGGCUCGUUCUCGCGCGGCGCACCUGGCGCCGUUGCGGGCGCGGCGGCGUUCCGCGGCUCGCGGGGUCGUGAUUCGAACCGUGACGCGCGAGGUGACCGUGACCGCGACCGCAACUCGCAUCGCUCGGCGGACCGUCCCGCGAGGGAGUGGAAGGUGCGCGGCAUGACGCCGCCCACGUCCACAAAUCCGUAUACCCUGUCGGAGCGUGUUAAGAAGUACCUCGCGCGACACCCGGACAGGAUGACGAGGCCCCAGAUUGACGAGAUGCUUGCUAUUGUCCGGAGUGCUCCGCCGUCUAUGUCGACUGCGCCGGUGUGGAACCUCGUGCUCUCGAGGAUGGGGCGGGACGGGUAUCACACUGCCAUGUGGAAGGCGUUUAAUGAGAUGAAGAAGCGUGGUACACAUGCCUCGUCGCGCACCUUCACUGUUCUGUUGAACGCGUACGCAGGAGUCGCCCACUCUGGCAUGGUGAAUGAGACAUUCUCUCCCGCGCACCGACCGGAACGUCUAACUCUCGAGCGUGUCCGGCGUAUCUACGACCUCAGCCAGGCUCACAUCCGCAAGAUGCUCUCAAAGGCGUCCAGGAAUGAGGGCAGCCGGGACGACCUCGGCGUCGCCUACCCGGAGGGCGAGGAGGGUGAGGCACCCAUGCUCCCCAGCGAGGAGGUCAGCGUCUGGCCGACCAACGCGUAUCUCAAGUUCCUCGGCCGCUACGGCAUGUGGACUGAGAUGGAGGCGGUCUUUCUCGCUAUGGACAGGGAGGGCCCGCUCGCCCCCGAUGCCGCGACUUACUACACUAUGCUGAGCACGGCCAACAACGUCGACCACUACCGCCGCUCGACGAAGGAAGAUAUUGGCCUGCCCGUUAUUGAGGUUGGCAGCGUCGGGCGCGGAUACUUCGACCAGGCGGUGCGCACGCUCGGCGGAGACCUCGACGAGCGCCUUGCGCUCGCGGCGCUCUCCUGUUUCGCGGCCGGCAGCCCCUCCGACCAGCGCGUGGCGGAGGAGCUCGUUCCGCGCCUCUGGAACCUCCCCGCUCCGGGGCAGCCUGCGUCGGCCACGGGCGUCAAGGGGAAAUACACCCUCCUGCCUCGGGCAUGGGCGACUCUCCCGACUCUCAAGCUGAGCGUGCGGUCAGCGACGGCCCUCCUUUCCACCCUCAGGCGGAUGGGCAACAAGUCGCUCGUGGCCCACUACACGCGCCUCGUCGCCGAAGGGCCGCUGGCCCGCGACGCCGACCUCGCGCUCCUCCGGACGUUUGUGCACAACCUCUCGUUCGCGGGCGACGCCGACGGCGCCAGCGCCAUCCUCGAGACGUUCCAGCCGCCGAGCGGCCCCGACGGCUGGCCCGCCGACGUGUACCUCUCCGUACUGGGGGCGGCGCGCUGGGCCGCGGACUGGGACAUUGCGCUCUCCACGUUCCGGCGGAUGGUGGCCCUCCCUCCCGCGGCCGAGGGCGGCGCAGGCAAGUAUGUGUGGAAGGCGCCGAACGGGCGUGGGCAGGACGUGCGCGGCCGCGCAUGGGUCCCGCCGCGCCCGCACGACAUCUCGGCGCCCGCCAUGGGCCUGCUGUUCAAGACGGCGCUCGCGUGCCUCAAGCACGGGAUCAGGCCGCUGCGUGCCGCCGCGGACAUCUACGACUUCUUCGGCCCCGACGCCUUCUUCGAGGUGCGCACGUCGGCCGGCGUCGUCGACAUGAAUGCCGGCGAGGCCAAGCACUGGGAUCUGAGCGGGCGCGACUACCGCAUGAUUGGGGAGGCGGUGGACUUUGCGCGGGAGCUGGAGCUCGUGGCGGAGCGGCUGGUGGAGACGCCGCGCAGCCCCGAGGACAAGGCGAAGCACGAGGGAUGGCGGCGGGACGCGGCGCGCAUCGUGCGUAUUUGGGGCAUGAGGGUGGAGGAGCGGGGAGAUAGGAAACCCAAGGCGAGGUUCUUGCGCUCCCUCGAUUAGACACAUUCGCAUUGUACCACUAUUCAUGCACACAUCGUUCCAG